AUGUUAAUUUAUAUAUUAGUAACAUAUGUAGUAUGGGGAUUAUAGAGUUACACAGAUUGUGCGAGUGACUAAUACUAUAAUAGUGCUUUAGGAGAAUGUGCUUAAUGUCCUUUGAAUACUGUACGAUUCAAUGUAUCAUUAGUAAGAUAUUGAUUUGAAUUAAUUAGUGUGUAUGUGAUAAUACUAAAGGGUUUUAAAGGGUAGAUGAUAAGGUGAUAGGAUUUUAAUACGAAUAGUUAUGUUAGAAAUAAGCAAAUAAUUGUACUUAAGGUUAGGUGAAUUUGAAAUAUUCAUUUUAAGGAGAUACAUUAUCCUAGAGUACAUGUACUUCUUGUGCAACAAAUGCAUUUGCAAACCCGUAUUAAUAAAUAUUAAUAAAUGAAGUUAUCGAGAGCAAUGUAUUGCAUGUCCAGACAAAUUAAUGAAUUAUACAGGAAGUUGUGAAUGUCCAUAAUCUGGUUAUAUAAAAUCAUAUGAUCGAUGUAUAUAAACAAAUCAAAAGAGUAUUGGAGAUUUGAUCUUUGACUCGUCAUAUAUAGUAGAAUAUGAGAGUGAUCAACAGAUAGCAAGUUCAUAUAUGUUAAAUAGAUAUUAAUAUGCAUUAACAAUGUGUUAUUAUUAUUCAAGCAUGAACGCAUGUUAAUUAUUAACUAACUUGUGUGUAUUACAAAUGUAUGAUCUUACAAAACCAAUAUGCUCAAUAUUUUUAAAAGAAUUGUCUUCUAAGAUUCCAAGUUCAGCACCAGCAUUAUUUCCAAGUGUGAAUAUGGAAACUAUCAAUAUCUAUUAGACAUCGUUACCAUAAACUAUGAAAUUAGAUGAUUCAGAUUCUAAGAAUAGACGAUAUUUAAAUUAUACAAUUCAGAAAUAUGAUUUAGAGGGUAAUUUUAUUAGUGAUACUACAUUGAGAUCAGAAUUUAUUUAAUGUCCUCAUUCUCCAUAAGAUGAAAUUAAUAGUAGAGCUUUUGGAUUAAACAUGAAAAUAACAUGUUCAUUAGAUUUAGAUGCUUUUUUAUAAAAUUAUAAAAUGUAUAUGUAUGAACUAUAAGUCACUGCAGUUAGAGACGAUAAUACAGUCAUUCCUUAAAAUAUUUACUUUUUAGUAAAGAAUUUAAAAAAUUAAGAUGGAAAUUAACCUAAUUCUGAUUCUGCUACAUAAAAUAGUAUAUUUGUUAAAAGAAUCUUUCUUGUAGAUCAUAUAACUUCUAAAAAAGAUUAUACUAAUUUAGCUGAAACACCUGAAUAUAUUAGAUAUGCUAGCAAAAUUAAAAUAGUGAUACUUCCUAGUUAAGAUUCUUAUGAAUAAAUUUAUGUUCCUUAUGUUUAUGUUGAAUAUAAUACAAUCAGAAAUUCAGGAGAAACUUUUGGAUAUGCUGAUUUCGAAUUUGCAGUUUAAAUUUCACCUAAUCCUACUAAUUAUUGGAUUACUAUAAUCAUAUUGUUUACUAUUUACAAUGUUAUUAUUUUUAUUGUAUGGCUAUUUCGUGUCUAUGUUUGGACUAAAGCAAAUCCUAGUAAUUCUAUUAGAGAUAGUUACACAUGGUAAUUAAUUAAAAAUAUGAUUUAAUUACUUAUUGACUCAUGGACUGAUUGGAUGUUUUACUUCCUUUUUUUUAUGACUGCAUAUUGGUUUGUCUUUUUUAAAUUUUAAAAUACACCCUUUCUCUUAAUGUUAGAUCAAAAUGAUCCAGCCAAUUAUUUACCUUUUUAUGGCUUAUUUUAUACUAUAUUUGCAUUACGUCUCAUAUAUACUUUUAUUAUCAUUUAUGUCUAAUCUUCUAUUAAUAUCUAUUUUAUUGAUUGGGAAACUACUGAAAUUCAUAGACCUGUUGAAAAAAGGAGAUAAGAAGAACUUGAAGAAAACGAAGUACUUUUAACAGCUAGUAAAAUUAAAAGCAAAGUUUCUGUUUGGAGAACUCUUUUAGUUGCUAAUGAAUUUAAUGAAUUAUCAACUGUUAGAACUGUGUCUGUUGAAUGGACUCUUAUUAUAUUGGGAUUCUUUCUAAUUGGAUUAAGAUUCUAAAAAAGAUUUAUUGAAUCUCCAGAUCUUAUUGAAACAUAAUCUUUUGUACCUGAAAAUCCUAUACUUAAAUAUUUUUUAGUUCAAUUUGUCUAUCUUAUCAUUGGAUUAGCAUAACUUAUAUUAAGAAGAAUACUCAAUAUCUGGUAACCAUAUCCAUAUGAAAAUUUUGUUGAUCUUUGUACAAUUGCUAAUGUCUCCAUUUUUAUUCUUGAUGAUAAUUUACAUGGCUAUUAUAUACAUGGUGAAAAUCCACUUGGAUUCUCUGAAGGAGGUAUUCCUCAUCUUUAAGAAUGUCUCAGAAAUGAAUCCAAAAAUAAAGGUAAAAAUAGAGGACUUGUUAAAGAUGGGUAUGAUAGUUAAUUAUGUACUUAUGAAUUAUUUGUACCUCCAGAAUUUAAACAUUAAUUUGAAAUGAAUUAUUAAGGUAUUAGAAAUUAUAAAGAAAAAAGGGAAAUGAAAUAAUUAGGCAUAGAAAAUGUAGAAUUAUAGAAAUUUAAAAUUGAAUAAUUUCUCAAAGCUAAAAUUAAUGAAGUUAAAAAACUUGAUAAAAGAGCCAAUUUCAUUAGAACCAAAGAAACUGCUUAAAGAUACUUUGAUUAUCCACCUGAUGAAUUAGCCUAUGAUGAUUUCAAUAAAUAAUUAGUUCCUUAUUUCUAUAAGGAUCCUGAUUUCUAAUACAGGAGAGUAUUCUUUAGUGGUUAUGAAAUGUACUUUCUAGUUACAGAUAUUAUCAUCUUCACUUUCUUUGUUUUACUCACUUAAAAUGUGGCCUUAUCAAUUUUACUCUAAUAUUUCUGUACUAAAUUCCUAGAAUGGUUGAAAUAAGAAUGGUAAAAAUCUAAUAUUAGUGAAAAAACCAAAAUUGAUAAAAGAUUUCUAAUUUGA